AUGAGGUACUUUCUGCAACUCCUGGGGCUCGCUUCCGCUCUUGGCGUUGGGAGUGCGUUGAAUCCAGCUGUCUCGGCCAGCACUUCCAUCGCUACCUCGCUGGGGUCGUUGAAUUUAACAGCCGGUGCUGCUUGUGCUUGCAACAAGCUUUCUACCUCUUACCCAAAGCAAUACAUUUCUCCCAGCUCACCAAACUACAAUGAGCAGGCAACAAACUACUGGGAUGUUCGAGCUGACUUGAGUCCAGCUUGCAUCUUUAUGCCCAAGACAGCCGACCAAGUUGCUGCUGCUGUUAUGAUUUUUGUUCAAUGUGAUUCUCAAUUUGCUAUCCCGGGUUCAAAUAACAUUGAUGGCGGCGUCCUUUUGGCGUUCAAUGAAAUGACCAGGUACAAAGUCAACAAGGAAACAAUCGAGGUGCAACCGGGAAUGACCUGGUAUGAUGUGUAUUCAGCGCUUGACCCGUAUGGGCGGACGGCCAUCGGUGGUCGUCUGAAGACUAUUGGAGUACCAGGUCUCACUCUCAUCGGCGGAGUAUCAUAUUAUAUCAACAAAUACGGCUUCGCUAUGGAUAACGUCGCUAGUUACGAUAUCGUACUUGGAAAUGGCACUCUGACAACUGCGAGUGCUACUGCAAACCCGGACCUGUUCUGGGCAUUGAAGGGAGGUGCUAGCAACUAUGGAAUCGUGACGAAAUUCACUUUGAGGACAUAUUCUAUGCCGCGAAUCAGCACCACUAUCCAAAUCUUUAAUGAGACCUCCACGUCUGCUUUUAGUCAGGCGAUCUGCGACUGGGCAGUGGGUAAUAGCGAUAGCCCUGUCGCUGCUGGCUCCGUGAUCACGAUGACUUACAAUACGACUACCAAGCAGAUGUCUUCCAGUCUCCUCGGUGUCCAAGCUGGAACGAGUAAUCCGCCCUCUGAGUUCAGGAACUUUACCGCCAUUCCUGGAGUUUCCAAGACUCAUAACGUUACGACCGGGAAGCAAUGGGCAUCUAAUCUGGACACCCCUAAGCAGAUGUUCCGAGUCAUGUUUUCACACCACUCGAUGACACCCGACGCUGAUGUCUUUACAACCAUGAUCGAGACAUGGAAAAAUGCUGUCAAAGAUAUUGCCGAUGUCAAAGGUCUCAACCCAACCUUCGUGGCAAACAUAUCCCCAGCGAGCGCCGCGAGAGUUGCAAAGACCAACGGUAUUGGUAAUGUGUGGGGUCUUGAAGAUGAAGCUUUGAUAUGGUGGCAACUCAGCACCAGUUGGGAACUGCCUCAGGAUGACCUCCGAGUGCAAACUUGGGCUCGUCAUUUGACUGAACACCUUCACGAACUGAACAAACAGAAUGGCCUCGCGAGGGAAUUUGUCUACAUGGGUGACGCAGGUGAGUGGCAGGAGCCUUUCGCCGGAUUCCCGCCCGCCAAUGUCCAGCGAAUGAAAGAAAUCAGAGCAGCCUAUGAUCCCAAGGGAGCAUUUUCGAGGCUCAACUGGGGUGGAUUCAAGCUUGGCUACUGA